CAAUACCAAAUCUCGAGCGGUGGGCGCAGAAUGAAAGCGGAGCGAGUUCGUGUUAGUAAAUACAAGCAGAGUGAAGACGGAAUAAAAGAGCGCUGACACAAAAAGCGGAAUAAAAGCAGCACUGACACACACAUUCAAGCACUGGCGGGCGGUUUUGCUGACUCCGCCGAUGGAUGAUGAGGAGGACGAACAGCUUCCUCACUGCUGUGAAACACCGCUAAGAAACAAGAGCUCAGAGAACAGAGACGGCCCACGAGGAGAGGUGGAACAAACGGCUAACAGACACAGACGCUUUGAAGACAGAUCUACGCAGACUGCCAGCUCUGUGCUGAAUUCAGCGAGAGACGGAGAUAUGGCACCAUUCCAGGGUUUAGAGAGAGAUGCAUCAUCUCCCUGCGGAGCUGUGGAUGCCAGGACUGCAUUUGGGGCUAACUGUGGAACUGGGGGCCUUGCGUCACUUACUAUGGCCCCUGGGGCCCCAGAAGGGCCAAGAGCACUUUUUCAUGGAAAUGCUGGAUUUCGUGCACACUUCCCCGCACUGUUCGAACCCGUCCCGGAUGGCACACAAAACACAGAAGAGGACGAAGGGAGAGCAGAAGAAAAGGAAGACGAACAUGACGUGGGAAUUAGUGUGGAGAUUCAGAUCGGACGUAAACUGCGUGAAAUGGGGGAUCAGUUUCAGCAGGAACAUCUUCAGCUGUUCACUCAAAGGGGCCAGAUGGGUUUGUUCCAGCUAGUGACGACACUCUACAACUUCCUUUUUCCUCAAGAAAGACCCCAAAAUGCAAGAGCCCAGAGAUGAGUGGCCACGGAGCACCUGUUCAGGACCCAAAUGAGUUUAACACAGCACUGUAAGAUGCGCAGAUCUGGAUUUACACGGCUCAAAAGAAGGUUGCCGCUGGUCGGAGACUUCCCUCCUUUUUCUGAAGAAGCCAUUCUCAAAUUGGAGCGUUGGAGGAAAUUUUCUGCAGGUUGCAUAUCAAUAUGAAGAUAUUAAUAUUCUGCCUUAUGUUUCCCCAACACGUUCGCACAUGAGCGGAUCUCAGCGCCUUAAUAAAACCCUCAGAAAACGAAAGAACUGCUUUAAUAGGCAACAAGCUGUGAGAAUACUCGAGGUCAACGGCAUAUGAGUAUUUGUGCUUACUUUAAUACACCUACUGAACUCCGACGCAUCCCAGAACAGACUCUUCAUCUUUCUCUGCUGGUGUAUCACGGCUUAUGCUUGAUUCACUGCUGGUAACAGUGUUGUUUGGACAGAGUUGAAAGACAGAGUGGAUGUGAUAAGAUGCAGAGGCCAGUAACAUCAUAGAGGACCGACACAGAACUGAAAAAACUUUGUUUAAAUGCAGAAAAACAACUUGAAGAUCAGGUUUAAUACCUGUUUAACAAUAAUGAGCCAUUUCUGAGAACACAGAGACAAAUAUGAAUUUUGUGAUUUUAAAAGGGUCAUUUUUUCUUAUUAAGGGAGAGUGUACCAUACAAUUAUUUACAACAAUUUUACCCUUCUGAAAUAUUAGUUUGCCUUAAUGAAUUCUACUGUUCUGCUGUCAUACAUCACAGGCUUCACAUAACGACAUGAUUUCUCUCAGGCACUGAAGUAUUACUUGAGAUAUCAGUGUUUAAAGCAUCUCCUCAGUAAUUGGUGACAUUCAAAAUGUGCUCAAAGAGCAAUACACCAAAUCAUAUUUUACAGUACAACUCAAGCGAUAAAUGCAAUCAAUAAUAUCUAAUCAAAUCUACAAGUUACCAUAUAAGAACCUAUUAAAGUUCUAGCAAGAGUUGUGUUGGUAUAUAUAUAUAUAUGUCAAACAAUAGUUAUUAUAAAGAGGUCUUUAUUACUGUAAAUGUCUUAAGAGUGUCCUCUGGGUAGCGUAAAUAUGCUUUAAUUAAAGGGUCAGUUCGCACAGAAAUUAAUAUUAUGUAAAUCUCUCACUCACCCUCAUGUCA